AUGCGCUUGAGCUGCAAUGGCUGUCGUGUCCUCCGCAGAGGUUGCACCAACGAUUGCCCCAUUCGCCCUUGCCUCGAUUGGAUCAAAUCCCCUGACUCACAGGCCAAUGCCACCCUCUUCCUCGCCAAGUUCUACGGCCGCGCCGGCCUCCUCAACCUCCUCACCGCCGCUCCGCCGCAACCUCGACCCUCUAUUUUCAAAUCUUUGCUCUAUGAAGCUUGCGGCCGGAUUGUGAACCCGAUUUUCGGCUCGACCGGAUUGCUCUCGACCGGGAGAUGGCACCUCUGCGAAGCCGCGGUUGAAGAUGUUCUGAUCGGCGCGCCGAUACAGCAGGCUCCUUCUGAAUCGUCUUUUGAUAUUCGCCACGUGUCAAAGAUUGGGAAAUCGUGCUGCUCUGAUCGAGCUCGGAAGCCGAAGCAGAAAGUGGAGCCAGUUGUGUCCGAGCUGAUGGUGACUCGUUCUGGAAGCAAGUUAGAAGGUUCGGUGAGUCGUGACUCGAGGAGGUUUGGGGAGAGUGAGCACAUAAACGAAGCUGAUAGCAAUUUAGUUGAGAGUGUGGAGCCGGCUCGAGCUGAUAUUGAAGAACUUGAGCUGGAGUUGACUUUGGGAUUGGGUCCAAUGAAUUAA